CUGGGCUGCAAUACAGUUGGGCCUUGGCCCGUCUCUUUAUUCUGACCGGACGUCUCUACGUUUUGUUAAAAAAAAACGUUUUAUCCAAACGCUCAGCGGACGGAGCUGUGGCAGAAGAGGCGGCGCGACGGAGCAGAAGGGGCGGCGCGACGGAGCAGGAGAAGAUGGUGCGGCGCGGCGGGACCAGCUGCUGCUGCCCCCAUGCGCCGUCGCCGUGGGAGGACCUCGUUGGCGCCGCGAAGGGGGCACAGCUCAGGUUGGGUACGCCGUCGGCCAUCGCCGGCAGCGAGCACGCUCCACUGUGACAUGUCCGCCACAGCCAGUCCUCUCCCGCCUCCCCCGACUCCGUGUCCUUGUCCAACGCAAAUCAAUGGAGCUGCCGACUCAGAUUGUUGUUGGCUGCUAUAAGAAGGGAGGGUCCUCGGCUCGAAUCUCCAUCAGGUCAGUUUUGGACGAAGCAUCCAAUGUCGACACCGAGUUCGCCGCGGGAAGAAGCGCCGAUUUCACCGGAGGUAGAAGAAGCGCCGAGUUCGGCGAAGGUAGAAGAACAGCCGUCGAGCUGUCCAAU